CACAAGUCCCCACCGGUCCAUGUUUUGAGAAGUAUGGCCACCGUCUCAUGAAGAGUCGAUGUGGCUGUGUUGAGAAAAGAUGCUUUAGUGCUGCUGCUAAACAUUUCGUUUCAAAAAGUUAAAUGAAUGAAUCGGGAUAAAGGCCUAAUUAUGGCCGACAGAUAUUCUAGGACAUCUAGCCCGUCUAGUCGGCGAUAUGGUUCUCCAUCCGUCCCUGGCAACCAUGGCGUCAGUGGAAGCAGCCACGGUUCAUCAGGAACCGUUAGUGGUACCGUUAGGAGUCUGCCCCCGUCAGGGUCUAGCAGCAGAAAGGGGCAGAUGCAAAGUCUUUUGGGGGAAUUCAAAGGUCUAUAUGAAGGGAAGUUGAAGCGACUUGAUGAUGCUGACAAGGCAGGAGAAGAGACAUCCAAGAUGCGUGUGCGAGUGCUGCAGUCGUACGUGAAUGACCUGAGUGAGCAGAAUGAGGUGUUGGUGCAGACAGUGGAGGAGCUGGAGAGGGAGGCAAAUGAGAGAGUGGCCAUGUUGGAGGACAAGCUGCAGCGGACUUCCUCUGGCAAGUUGGUCUUGGGGGAAGUACUCUUGGUACUUUGAUGUUGUGCUUUGACCACCGCGGACUGUGGUCAAAAUGAUUACUUGACCCAGACACGCAGAACUGGUCACAAAAAAUGUUGCUGUGAGUGACAGUAUGGUCGGUGUUGGAGGUCUGAACUCUGUGUCUGCUGGGAUGUAGUUUAGAGCACAGGGUGGUCGGCGAGUUGUGAGGAAAUGUCCUGGAGUGUGUACCCUGCUUCUUCUUUUUCUUCUCUGGAAUACGUCUCGUGAAUGUGGAUGUAGCUUUGGAUUUGGAUACAUUGGAUUUGGAUUUGGAAUUGGAUAAAUUGGAUUUGGAUUUUGGAUACUGCUGACCAAACUGAGAACUGAAGCCACAGAAAGUGGAGUUUGUAAGCCUGUGUUGUUCUGAGAGCAAAGAGAAAUCUCUGUAGAGAUCCGGACCAUUAGCCAGAGGGACAGAGGCAGCGUUGUAAGGUGAUGGAGGAUCUGGACCCGUACUGCGAGUCCGGAUAUGUGGGCAGAGAGGUGUACAGAGGGCGGCCGCCGCCCCGGGCUCA